GCAGUUGGAGCGAGCCGCUUUUUUCAGAGCUUCUGGGAGAAUCAACACAAGGCUGGACGCGUUAACAAGUGAUGGCUGUGGCGCAUAGAGACCUGAAAUAAAUCAUUAAAAACACUUUAUUUAGAGAGAUUAUGAAAAUGUUGUUUAGAUAGAUACCUUCGCGAUUCUGCUCAGACGGCAAAGUGUGCCUCAUCCUCCCUAAAGAGAGUUGAUUUGGUUGGGAAGGAAGUGAAGAGAAGAAAACAUCCCCUGGGGAUUAAGUCUAACCCUUCGAUAUUCAGUUUCCCAGACGACAAUCAGGCUAUUUUCCAAUCACAACAACAUUUGACUCCUGCUUUCUACAUUUACGAACUGCAUUAGACUGUGAGAGUACGGAUUUCCCAGGACGGUAUUGCUGUACUCCCAACUUCCACCGAUUUUAAUAGACUCACUUCAGUUUUUUAUUUUUUAGCACACCGAUGAUGGGGACAAUGUCUGGAUUAAUGCGACUGCUGUUCGCCCUGCCCCGGGCUGCCGGGGAAGAGUGAGGAGAGCAGGAAGAAAGUGGAAGUAGGAGAGGAGAGGCGUCGGUAGCGUCUGGCUGCCGUCCACUUGUUCGCAGGCGCAUUUUCUCCUUGUGCUCUCAGCUCUCCUUUUUACUGGAGUCACGAAAUAAAAAAAAGCAAGCGAGAGACGCGCAGGGAGGACUGCGUUCACACCCUGGGCCUGCAAGAGGUGAGUGCCAGAAGAAAUGCCGGUCCAAGGUGCCUUAGUGCAACAUCACCGGGACCAUGGCAAUUCCUUGGCCAAUGAGAAAAAAGAGGUGCUUCCAUGGCUUUGCCAGCCUUGCUAGAUGGUCGGCAUCCUCCUUGAUGCUCCUAUGGUUGCCUUUGGUGUUGCUAUGGCUGCCGUUGCCUGCCCGAGCUGAACAACUGGCCAGCGGGGGACAGAGUGGAAAAGCACUUCAUGGUUCUCUAUCAUCCCCAUCAUCCUCAUCAUCCUCCUCCUCCUCCACCUCUUCGUCCCCCUCAAGCUCCUCAGCAUGGGGCUUUAAUACAAGGCAGAGUGGGGGGCAGCUGGACUGGCUGCUGUCAGAAAAAGGACCUUUUCACAGAUGUCCAGAGUACACAGAGUUCAGAGAAAGGUUCCAGCAGGGGUUUUCUACAAGAUACAAAAUUUACAGGGAGUUCAGCCACUGGAAGGUGAACAGCUUGGCGACAGAGAAGAGAGAUUUUCUCAAAGCUCCGUUGCCCUUAGCACCAGAGUUCCUACGCAACCUGCGGUUACUGGGGCGACGGCCAAGCUUGCAGCAAAUACACGAAAACCUCAUCAAGAAGUAUGGAACCCACUUCCUGGUUUCGGCUACCCUGGGAGGAGAAGAGUCUUUGACCAUUUUCCUGGACAAGCAGAAACUAAAUAAGAAGUCAGAGGGCAACAGUAACAGCUCUGUGGUCUCUCUGGAGCUGCUCCAUCAGCUGGCUGCUUCUUAUUUUACCGAUCGGGAGAGCACCCUUAGGCGACUACACCACCUCCAGAUUGCAACCUCUGCUAUUAAGGUGACGGAAACAAGAACAGGUCCUCUUGGCUGCAGUAACUACGACAGUUUGGACUCUGUUAGUUCGGUGUUGGUGCACAGUCCGGAAAAUAAGAUUCACCUAAAGGGUUUGCAGGAUGUCCUGCCAGAGUUCCUCCGUGGGCGUUUUGUGGAGGCGGCCCUCAGCUAUGUGGCGUGUAACUCAGAGGGUGAGCUUCUCUGCCGCAAUAACGACUGCUGGUGCCGGUGCUCUCCAAGAUUCCCAGAAUGCAACUGUCCCUUUGCUGACAUCAAAGUCAUGGAGGAUAACCUGGAAAAGAACAAGGCAGGCUGGAACAACUUCAAUCAAGAGUUUAUGGUAUCAGAUGAGUUCAAAGCCUUCCUGAAGAGGUUACCCACUGACCGGUUUUUGAAUGUGUCUACGAUUGCCAAGUUUUGGUCAGCUGACAUGUCUCUGCAGAAGCGUUAUGCACAGCUUGAAGCCAGCACCACCAUGGUCCUGGGAAAAGCGCAAAAGAUAGUAAGGAAGCUCUUCACCCUGAGCAAACGCUGUCCAAAGCAACCCCGCAUCAGUUUGCCCAGAGAAAGGCCUGUCGGGUUUUGGCUUGGUAUGGCUCAGUCUCUGCUCUACUGCAAUGAGCAUGGAGUCCUGGGAACAUUCUCUGAAGAGGCUAAGAGCUGUGUUUGUCCUGUGGACCAGCCCAUCUGUCAAGGCGCCAUCCCUUGUGUUGUGGGCACCUCUCCUAAUUCCUGCUCCCAGUGUGCCACUGACAAUGCCACCCGAUGUGGAGCCUGUCACCAUGGCAAUGUCCUUUAUCUUGGCUCCUGUCGUCCGAGCAUCGGGACCUCCCUGGACCAUUAUCUGAACUUUGACCUGGACAUGCCAGAUGCAGAGGUGAAGUUCCUACUUCAGCGACUGGACAGCAGAAUAGAGGUACAUGCCAUCUACAUCAGCAAUGACGUUCGUUUGGGGAGCUGGUUCAAUCCUGCCUGGAGAAAGAGGAUGUUACUUACACUAAAGAGCAACAAAAACAAGUCCAACCUCAUCCACAUGCUGAUGGGUAUUUCUUUUCAGAUAUGCUCAACUAAAAAUUCAACACUGGAACCUGUGCCUGUCAUUUAUGUGAAUCCUUUCGGGGGCAGCCAUUCAGAGAGCUGGUUCAUGCCUGUGAAUCAGCCCGAAUUCCCUGACUGGGAAAGAACUAGACUGGACAGCAUUCCCAAUGCACAGUGUUACAACUGGACAUUGUCACUGGGUAAUAAGUGGAAAUCCUUUUUUGAAACAGUGCACAUCUACCUACGGAGCCGUAUUGUCACAGACGAUCCAACAGUGAAUGAAACUCUCUUUUAUGAACCCUUGGAUUUGGAUGAUCAGACGUCAAACUUAGGGUAUAUGAAGAUCAACACUCUUAAAGUCUUUGGAUAUAGCAUGCACUUUGACCCUGAGGGCAUUAAGGAUCUGAUUCUGCAACUCGACUACCCCUACACACAGGGCACACAGGAUGCUGCGUUCCUGAUGUUACUGGAGAUGAGAGAUCGGAUUAAUCGUCUGUCUCCACCAGCGCCACAACCACUUGACCUGUUUUCUUGUCUAUUGCGCCACCGCCUGAAGCUGUCUGCAGGUGAGGUGGCACGAAUCAAGGAUUCUCUUCAGAUCUUCAACUCCAAACUCCCUAAUGCUUUUCCUGAACCUGAACUGGCCCAGCUUUGCAGCUAGCUGGAUUAGCCCUCUUGUUUCAGGAGUUUUACUGCAACCAGACUAGAGUUGCGGCUUCAUGGACAGUACUAGUUUGGGUACACAGAAGACUAGCCAACUCUGAUGCCUACCUUCUGGGCCUUUAAUUCUCUCAAUUUGCAUUGGUUGGUAGGAGCAACUUGCUCCUUGUGAGACUCUGCUUUGCCAACCAGAAGGACUACUUUUGCUAUUACUGCCAUGCUUUUGGCAAACUAUCUGACUGAACCAGUUCAAGAUUCUUAUCUAUUCUAAAAAGUCAUUUAUUGGUUUGGAACUGCAAAGAUUAUCUCUAUUAUGAUCUGUUUUUUAAGAGGAACUUAAGAGUGGUAUUGGAUUUUUUUUUUUUUCAAAUAAAGAGGAUUUUGCUUUUAUAACUAUUUACUUUUGGAAACAGAACUAUUGGGCUUGGGUGGUUAUAUUAUCCAUGUGGUGAGUAAGUUAUGUUGUUAUGCUUAACAGUUUGAAAUUUGAUAAUCCUGACCCCUGCUAAUGUGUUUGGAUAUACCUUUUUACAUCACAUCUUUCAUUUUAUCUGGCAUUUUAAAAUGUAUAUCUAUUAUUAACAUCCAAACGAGAAGCCUGUUAGUGAUGUUCUGUUCAUGGUGGAGUGUCUGCCAAAAGCAGAUUAAAAAAAUAAUUAGCGAUCCGGGUGCAAAGAAAACACUGGCAUAUGCUGUCUUUUCUUACUCUUUUAACCUAAAAAUGACAGAAAGAAAGCAUAUAUGGUGAUAACAAAGAAAAGGUCUGUGGAUGUAGUGCUGUAAAUAUUGCUCCAUUUAAUUCAAGACUGUGGACAAGUGCACAUUGCUUUCUAGAUAACCGAGUAAAAAAUGUUUAUAACAAAACAGACUCAUGCCUUAUAUGGAAAGUUAAUGUUAAAACAAGAAGCACAUUUAAUUUCUGUGUUUGUUUUUGAAGCAAAUGUUGUUUCGCUUUUUAUAUUUCUACCAGGACAGGAAAACAGACACAAUCUCCGGCGUAUGUGAUAAUGUAGAUUUUCUAUGUACAGCAAAUGCCAGUCACAUUUUCUGCUCUUGUUUUGAAUCAGUGUUGUGGAAAAAAUUGAGUCACCUAUCACAGUGCCCACCAGUACUUGCACUAUGUAACUGUUCUGCAAAAUCUCCAGUUAUAUGAAAUAUCUGUAACUGAUAGAUCCUUUUCGCUUUUAAAUUGUUUGGUUUAGUCUCAUGUUUUUUAAGUCGUUAUUUGCUUUUCUUUUUUACGCUAACUUUCUCUAUUAUUAUCUCUUUUUACAUUGGUCAAAAUUCUGCUGCAGUUAUCACAGCAAAUGCAUUGUCAAAAAGUUUAUCUUGGACAGUAAGGGUCCUUUUAGAGUUCAGGACUUACAAAUAUGAAACUUGAUAUGAUAUAUUUACUUUGCCAAUUUCUCACUGGAGGUCAACAAAUCCUGUAUGUCAUUUUCAGCUGUUCUGUGCUCAGCUUGCUUAAGUAAAAGCAAA